UUUCAUUUGAACCAGAGACUUUUGAAACAUUUGAAAGAUCUCAGAGGUUACUCUGUGAUUCGGUUUGGUUAAGUCCGCUAAUUAAUUGCACUUUUUUGCAAAUGUAAGGCCCACAGACUAUGCACUAUAGACCGAUUGAUUGAUACACACAAAUGGCACAAUUUACAGCUGAAGAGCUACUGCUGGCGCCCCAAAAAUACGAGUAUUUAGACCACACUGCUGAUGUACAGCUGCACAGCUGGGGGGACAAUCUGCAGGAGGCGUUCGAGCAAUGCGGAAUGGCAAUGUUCGCCUACAUGACCGAGAUCGAGUCAGUGGAAAUUAAACAAUGCGAAGAAAUUGAGGCUGUAGGAGACGACUUGGAGGGCCUGCUGUUCCACUUCCUGGACGAGCUGCUUUUCCUGUUCAGCUGCGAUCCCUUUCUGAUCUGCAGCAAAUUGACCAUAACAGAAUUCAUCACAGGACCGGAAUUUCGCAUCAAAUGCAAGUGCUAUGGGGAGGAAUUCGUCAUUGGGAAACAUCCUCAGGGUACUGAAGUCAAAGCCAUUACCUACUCGGCCAUGCAAAUUGUUAACCAGCCGGAGAACAAGAGGUUUGAACUGUUUGUUAUCAUUGAUAUUUGAUGACCAAAACCAUCCAACCAAUAAAACAUUGUUAUAAGGACUGAAA